GUUCGCUACAGACAGGAAGACACGGCGGCUGACCCGAAAUCACGUUGUGAUGAGAUGACCCAAACAAACGGCCACGUGCGCAUAUGUCACCGCCGGUGUCCUCAGGUCAUUGGAACUGUCCGUGAAAAUGAACGUCUCCCUGCUCAUCGCGGUGCCCGCCGUUCUUCGCCAUUGUCGUGUCUACGGAGUUCUUCGGCAGUGUUCACUCCGUUGCUUCUCCACCCUUGUAUUAAGAAAGAACCUGCUGGAUUGCUGCAAGCUGCUAGAACUUCCAGAACAGCUCAGCAGUAGCCCAGAGGAGGUGAAGGAGGCUUACCUGAGGCUGGCUAAGAAGUACCAUCCAGACAGUGGCUCUGCCAGUUGUGACCCCAUAAAAUUUAACCAGAUUGAAGAGGCCUACAGGACUGUGCUGUCCUACCUAGCGGAAAAGAAGAGGAAAGAGGCAAGUGCGAGUAGAGGAGAUGAAGAGGAUGAAGAGGAAGAGAAACGUGAACGCCAUUCCCCGCAGCACAGACAGUAUUUAACCUUUGAAGGGGUGGGAAUCGGGACCCCGAGCCAGAGAGAACGCCAGUAUAGACAGUUUCAGGUUGACCGAGCGUCCGAUCAAGUGUUAGAGUACAGGAAGCGAACCCUCGAGGCCCAGACUGCUGGGAACGAACUCAUUGCCAGUGACUUGCGGAGAAGCAAGAAGAUCAAGAUCACUCAAGCCAUUGAAAGGCUGGUGGAGGAUCUGAUCCAGGAGUCAAUGGCCAAGGGGGACUUCAGCAACCUGAGUGGUAAAGGAAAGCCCCUGACCAAGUUUGGUAACAAUCCUUAUAUCGACCCGAUGACUCACAACCUCAAUCGCAUCCUCAUCGACAAUGGGUACCAACCGCAGUGGAUCUUGGCACAGAAGGAGAUCCGUGAGACCAUUGGCAAACUAAGAGCAGAACUGCUGGCAUCCAGGAGGAAGAUCGGCGAGCCCCUGAACGCAAGCAGGCAACGGCAGUGGCAAGUGACGUGCGAGGAGUUUGCCAAAGAUCUAGCAAGCCUUAACAAGAAAGUGAACGACUUCAACCUCGUUGUACCUUUGCUUAGCCGCCAGAUGGUCCAUUUUAAUGUGGAGCGCGAGAUGGGGAGGGUGUCAUGUAGCUACGAGGAGUUAAGACGUAUAGAGCAGCGUGAACGGCCCCCCGAGGACGAGAGCGAGGAGGAUACAAAUCAGAGGGGAGGCCUUUUGAAGUGGAUGAGGGACCUUCUUAAGUAAAUACUGUGUGAAAUCAAUCUGAACCUCGCGUCCAUUUAUUUGUUGUCAUAAACUUGACAAAGAGACACAAAAAAGGUGUGGGGCAGCCACCCCGUAGAUAUUGGUUUCCUGGCUGCAAAACUGGCAGAGUCAAUGUGUUACAGAUUAGAGUCCACAUUGAAAUGGUCAAGAUGGCGGGUUUUAAAGGCAAACAGAGGAAAUGACGUCAUCAGUGGGGCCAGAAGUGACAUCAUCCGUAAGGGGGCGGACCCGGAAGUGACAUCAUCAGGGCCAGGCGGAAUUUCCCGUAACUGGUCUGCAGAGAAGUGAGAGAAAGAGUCAGUGCACUCUGCCAUCCCCUGGUCUGGCAUGGAAUUACUCUCAUUCAGGCCCUUUAGCUGCCCCCAACCCAUGUGCAUGUGUGUGACAGAGUUUAUUGACUAUUUCGGAAUGUCCUUCUGGAAUAUGACAAAUUAUGAUUUCCAAAUCCUCCUUUUAACGUAUAAAGUCUUAAAUGGCUGAGGUCCGGCUUACUUGUCUGGACUUAUCAUGACUUACAAACCUGAGCGCACAUUAAGGUCUCAAGAUGCCAGUCUGCUUAGGAUUGCAAGUAUUAAUAAAGUAACAGUGGGAGGUCGAGUUUUUAGUUACAUGUUCCCCCUAAACUGGGGAGUGGUCUGCCUGCUACUAUAAGAGAUGCCCCUUCAGUCUCAGCGUCAGAAGACUCACUACUUCAGUUUAGCACACCCUGACUAGAGCUGCUGAUUAACUGUGCAGACUGCAUCUCUUAAAACAUAAGUAACGUGACAGUUAGAAUUUGUUACUAACCCUCACCUAUUCUGUUUCUCUUCUCGGUACUCAAAUGUGGCAUCUUGGUGCCCACCUGCCAAGUUGUUUUAUGGUAAAGUCAUCCCUGAUGGAGGAUCGCAGGAAUCAUGGGGUAGAGGGCUCCUGUCAUCGGAUUGGCUCUGAUUCAGGUGUGGUAUGGCCAAUAGGGAGGAGGCAGCUUGAUGGCUGAGGUCUCCAGGACUCUAAACAAAUCCAAAUCAUAUUAUGGGAUAUCAUCUCCUGUUGAAUUCUGCUCUGUCCUUGUCAUAUUUCUGUUGCACUAUUAUAUUGUACUGAGGAUGACUUGUGUUCUGUUCUGUGUAUUGUGUUGUAUUGACCCCCUUUUUUUUAACACCUGGAAAGGGGUCUCUCUCUGAAUUGCCUUUCCUGAGGUUUCUUCCAUGUUUUUCCUUGUCUUCUUAGAGAGUCAAUGCUGGGGAGCUGUCAAGAGG